AUGACCGAGCGCCGACGAAGCACCCGCGCUGCUGCUUUAAAAGCUACCGAAGCCCUGAGUACUCCCAAAAGAACCCCUCGUCGACAAACGAAGCUCAAGGAUUCUAUCAAAGAAGAAGGACAGGUCACUGAAACACUCAAAGAGACACCAAUACGAAGAACGGUCAAGAAAACUAUUGCUCCGCCGGUUUUUGAAGAACAUGCGGAAAAGCAAACUCCAGCUGAGGUCAAAACACCGAUCACUUUGCAGGAGAGAUCCGCUAGCAAAUCACCUGAUCUACUGGAAACACAGCAAGUAAAGACCCCAAACGCGAUCAAAACUCCAAUCACGGUGGAGAAGGCUGUUCUCAAGACGCCAACUCGACCGUCCCCAAUUGCCAUGGAAAAACUCAAACCGAAAACUCCUGUUGCGAUGGAAAUUGAGGACGAGAAAGAAAACCUUCCUAUCCCGCAGCCAACGAAGACAGAAGUUAUGUAUCGAGAGCCACCCGUUAUCGCGGAAGAUUCAUCUUCUGAGAGUUCGGACUCCGACUCUGAGCCGAUCUUUUCGACUUCUGACUCGGAUGACAUUCCGAGUGUCUUUGCCAAAAGCGAAAAAGAAGCGAAGCAUCUUCAGGCUUUCGCUGAGUUUGCUCACUCUCUCAAAGACAAGCCCUUCCGACCAAAGCCCGAAGACCUGGUCAUCAAGGAUGUGCUUGAAGAAGCCGGGCAGCUGAAGAAUGCAAUUCAUUCGGCUCAACCCGCUGGUCUUAUGCGACAGCCGGCGAAGCCAUCAAUCAGCAAGGUCAAUGCGACCGAGAACGACCCUGAAUACAUAAAUCCAGGCACCACUUCGGGAAUGGUGAGAGAAGUUCGUCUUCCCGAUACAGAGGAGUACUCCAACAUCAUGACUCUCAGCGACUGUAUGGGCAAUAUCAACAUCAACGCUGAGGAGCAGGCUGAAAUUGAGCGACAGGAAGCGAAAGAACGAUUCGAAAAGAAGAAAAAGAGCGACGCUCGAUCUCGCACCUCUUUUCCUACAAUAAGUGAUCACCGCCCCUUUUUUAUAUUCUGA